AUUCUUAUCGUCAACGCCGCCAUGAUUGACGCUUUGGCAGGUGACAAAGGUGUAGGGGCAUUGUAAACAAAGACCGGUGCUGGUUUUCAUAUCUUGAAUUCUUGAAAGUUGGGACUAAACUGUUUACGUGCAGUUGUUUCAAGAUCUACAUUUGAUUUAUUAAACUAGAGACUGUGAAAACGUAUAUGACAAAAUGAGUUCCGAUGCUAAAACAUCAUCGAAGAAAAAGGAAGGAUUUCUUCGCAGACAAGUAAAAUCGAAAUCGGAUCCCGUCACAGAAGAAGAAUUACUGAAGAAGGACGUCGUUACACCUGAUGACGUUUUAAGGCUUACAAAAUGCACAGAGAGUGAGUUUAUUGGCAAUAGGCUUUAGGUCUAAUUUUUGGUGGGUAAUCCCUUAUUUUAGCACAAUAAAUUAAUAAUUUGAUUAAUUAAAAUUUUUUUGUAAAAAUAAACGUCCAAUGGCACAGUUGAAUAAAGCUAAUUUUUUAAAGAAUUAUAACACCAAAAUCAUAUUUUAGCUGUUGUAGUUUUAAAGUUAUGAAUUUUUAAAGUACAACUUAAUUUUUCCUUUUUUAACAUGGACCGCAUCUCCAUUUUCUGGUACCCAAUUCCGCUGUUACUGUUUGCGUCACGAGCUAUAUAACUCUUGUUUUAAUGAUAAUUUUAUUUUCAGAACUAAUGCUGUAUUAAAAAAAUAAGUUUAAUAAUGUUAAAAAUUUAUAGAUAAAUUGUAGCUUAUCUAAAUAUGCAAUAUUUAUAUCAGUAAACUUAACAUAAUGUAUCAAUAUAUGGCUUUUCAGUUUACCAAAUCUUCAGCGUCCAUUAUACCGGUAUAUGCUAUAUAGUCUAUAUAAGGCAACGCACCCCAUAAAAUGUUGUUUGGGAUCUACUUAUUUUGAACUUUCAACUUUGGCACAUGACUAAUUAAUUAAAGCUUUCCCUGACCAAUGGUGUUAAUAGUUUUUGCACAUGGCAAACUCUUAUGAAUGAAACUUGAGGUAGUCGGUAGUACUACGGCAUAGCAUUAUGCAAAUGGCUGUGAAUGGUUUCCCAUGACUUUUUGCACACGGUCAAUUCUGAUCACUAAUAAUAUGGACUCUACUGGGUUUUUAAAGCUCAAAUUUAAAAAUUCUAGUUCAAAUGUCUUCAAAAUGCAUUCUGAAACACAAGUUAUCAAAUAUUUUGAUGUAUAUAGAGAUAAUAAUGAAUAUUUCCUAAGCUAAGCAUCGGCGUUUUCCGCCAUUUAAGAGGGGGUGGGAUCACUAAUCCAAAAUGGCCUGUGCGACCUUUGCAUAAUGAGGUCAACGUUGAGAAGAAUUGUGAAAAUGUUUCAUGAGCUAACUGAAUGAAAUUUUGCACACGUGCACUUCAACAAAUUAUGCCGGCCUACUUUUAAUAUGAAACACCUACUUUGAAUAUUUAGACCGAAUUUUUUAAUGCGAAGAUGCCUGAUAUUGACAUAUGAUUUUCCUUACUUAACGUUGAUAUAAAGAAAAAAUUAACGCAAUGGGAAUGUAGUUCAACAUUACUCCUAACGUUAAUGGGCGGAGUCAGACCUUAAUUAUGGGCCAAAAGGACUCCUAAUUUAUUCAAAUUACAUGCACAUGAAAAAAAUUAAAAACUCGGAUUUAAUUGCGCCGACGCCCAUUUCCGAUACACAUUUACUAGGAGUGUCCCUUGCUUCGGCGGAGUGCCUAAUUUGAUCGCAAUCCAUUAUCAUAUUUUUUGUGUUUAAUAGAACAAUUACAAGUUAUUGUUUUCCAAAUAUUUCGUCAUAAGUUUAUUUGGUUUUUAAGUGAUUUAAAAUAUAUGUCCAAAAAAUCUGUUGUUUGAUAAAAAAACAGUCAUAUUUGUGGUAAUAUUUUUUCAGUUUUGUUAAAUUUAUGCUUGAUGCUUCCCCCUGGUAUGCAGCGUUUUUUGAACUAGUUUUUCCCCUCUAUUGCCAUCUUUGUUGCCAUGACACCAGACAUGGUCAAAAGUAGUCCAAAUACACAUAUGCAUCUGCCAAAAUGGGGAGGGGAAAGGGAGAGUGUAUGUAGUUUUAGUUACAUAACAAAGAAUAGGCCUAUUGAAUAAUGAAUGGCAAAACCUUUUCAAAAAGACAUACAAAAUUAGCAAAAAUCAUGCAAAUUUAAUUACAUACUUUGUGUGCCAAAAAAAACUUCAAGUCUACAUAACCUGAAUCCGUUUUUUCCAUCCGGAUCCGGAUUUUCUUAUGCGAAAUCCGCCGGAUUCGGAUCCGGAUUCCGGAAUAAUCCGGAUUCCGGUUUCUCCCGGAUUUUGGUACCAUUGGUAGAUACUGCGGUAAGUCAAGGUGGACUACUACUUUUUGUGUAUGGGAAUUCGCAAUCGGCGCCAAAAAAUCCGAGUUUUUAAUUUUCCGAUGUGUGUGUCUAUUUAUUAUUAAAUUAGUACUUUCGAUAUAUAUUUGAGUUCCGUUCCAUUUGGAUAUGUGUCUUACGAGAGACGCCAUGUUUCUACGCGUUCGCAGCAGGUCAUGCAGCUCGCUCAACCUAAUUUCGCCAUGGGGUUGGCCACGCCCCCCUUUUUAAUGGCGGAAGUUGACGAUACUUAGGAAAUAUUAAUAUAUUAUCACUAUUUACAUCAAAAUAAUUGAUAACUUGUGUUUCAGAAUGCAUUUAAAGACAUUUAAACUGGAAUGUUUUAAUUUGAGCUUUAACAACCCGGUAGAAUCCAUAUUAUAAAUGAUCAGAAUUUACCGUGUGCAACACGUUGUCAUUGGCAACCAUUCACAGCCACUUGCAUAACUGUAUCGUAGUACUACCUCAGAGUUUCAUUCAUAAGAGUUUGCCGUGUGCAAAAACUAUUAAACCAUUGGUCAGGGAAAGCUUUAAUUAAUUAUUCAUGUGCCAAAGUUGAAAGUUUAAACUAAGUCUAAACAGUAUUUUAGUGAUAAGGCAGGGAAUGCGUUGCCUUAUAUAAACUAUAUAGUCAUUGCGCAUGACGGGAUUGGUGGAAUGAGAUCACAGAAUGUGGAGAUGCAGUCCAUGUUAAAAAAUGACAAACCAAGUCGUACUUUAAAAAUUCAUAACUUUAAAACUACAACAGCUAAAAAUAUGAUUUUGGUGUUAUAAUUCUUUAAAAAAUUACAUCUUUUCAACUAUGCCAUUGGUUUAUUUUUACAAAAAGUUUAAAUUUUCUUAUCAAAGUCCCUACACUAUUGGCCACUAUUAGCGGUGCUGACUCUAGCCUCUGGUAUGUACGGAAUAUUAAACAUUAAACAAGCUCAACGCUCGAAACAAUCGAUUAAUGUAUCGUGAUCGUGUGGAAUUCGGGAAAGAGAAUUACUUUUAUUUCAGAUUAUGAUCCGGUGAGUCACAAAAUCUGGCAAAUUCCGAAAUCCGGUAUAUUCUGGAUUCCGGAAUCCGGUUGUUCCGGAUACAUGUAAAUCCGGCGGAACCGGAUUUCACCGGAUAGUGCAAAAUCCGGCGGAACCGGAUUCCGGACCGGACUCCGGCACACCCCUACUGAAAUGUAAAUGUCCUUAGCAGGAAAAUAAAUCAGUUUCCUAACUCAGUCGUAAACUUCAAACCUAAAUUUAGUCACCCCAAACUCAAGCCUAAUCUUCAAAGCUAAAUUUAGGCCCUCUCCCCCUAACUCUAGCAUAAAUCUUCAAACCCAAAAUCUAUGACCUAACAUGAACACCAAAACCAUGUGUUCUUGUGUACAGAUAAGUGUAGUGUAGUGAGAAAAUCAUAAAUUUGAAUAAAUAGAUUAAAACAAAUUUUAAAAUACCGGUAUUCAAAAUAAUGAAAACCCAACUUACACAUUGAAAACACUUUUGCUCACUUUAUUACUGGUUCUACCGAAAAAUAAACCCAAAAUAUGUCAGAUAAAAUGAAAAUCCGUUUUGCAAAAUGAUCACAUUGGCAAAAUAGCCUGGUUUUGACAUAUUAUAAUUAACCACGCGUAAAUAUUAAUUAUGAAAUUCAUCAAUCAAAAACAUUCUAUGGGUGCAUUAAUAUAGAAAAAAGAGAAUAAUUAACUCUAGUAAUAAUCUACAACUAAAAAAAUGGGAGUUGACUCAUCAAAAAACUCUUCAGGAAAAUGUAAAUUGACAUCACAUUUUCCCAGUCUCAGACCAAAGGUAAUAUUCAUAAGGUAAAUGUAAGUAAAAAAUAUACACUUAACUGAGACACUAAAACAGUCGCAUAACAGGGUGUUGUAUUAACUGACUGUACUACUUCAGACCUCCACACCCCCAACACACUCUCAAAUAAAUGUUUGAACAAGUUAAGAUUAGGUAUUUAGUUACUCAUUUGCGCACUCAUUCCAAAAAGUGGUGCAAAAUCUUGUGUGUCAAUAUAACGUUUAGCUUGGUUGUGAUCUUCUUUUUGUCAUAGUUUUCUAAUAAUACAUUUUUUUAGUUAUCAGUGCCUUUCGGCGCAUAUUUUUCCAAACACAGUGAUACCAAGUUUGCGUUUAGCGGAGAUUUUUAUAAUUUUCUGAUAUUUCCUGACAGUUUAUGAUUAGUCUUAGUGAUAAGGGCCUAGACAUAUUUUACAGACAGAGUCUGUUGUUCUGUGGAUUAAACCAGGGCUUUUAAAAAUUACAAUGCUAUUUAAUGGAGCACGUCAUAAUAUAUUUCCAGCCAAAUUAAAAUUAACAAAAUAAAGUUGGCCCUGUGUGUUUCAUAAAAAGUAAUUGAUGAGGCUAAGUGAUCAGUUCAUAUUCUCUAUUCUUUAUUAAGAUCAAGGAGAAAAAUGUUUCUGCCUUAUUUAUGACUUUUCUUGAUGUUAGUAUUCUAGCCUAAAUGCCUUUUCACAUUUUUAUAAUAAUUGUUUAGAAAUGAAAUAUUUACACUAACAAAAGCAUCUUGGAGUUUGCCAUCAAGUAGACAAGUAAGAUGAUGAUAGUUUUUGUGGUGUUCAGUUCCAGCAAAUUAAAAUUUUCACAUCAGAAUUUCCCCCCCCCCCCCCCCAAUUGAUAAAAAUUGAAGACCAAAAAAAAAAUGAAAUAAAUACAAUGAUGUAACACACUUGAGGAACAAACUCUUAAUUAUUCUAGUCUUUAUUUUACAUAAUAUUGAGUACUGUAUUUUUAUUUUAAAUAUCGUUUAUAUUUUAAGUAUAAUAUUCUAUUUUCAGAAUACUUGUGCCCACCUGAAGCUAAUAUAUAUGGUAUUGACUUUACAAGGUUCAAGUUAAGAGAUAUUGAUUCAAAUCAGGUUCUUUUUGAAGUAGCAAAACCAGCUCCAACAUAUGAAAAUGGUUAGUAACACCUUCUGUCAAUCACUCCAGCGCACGUCCACUGAGCAAUAAAAACUUAUAAAAAAUAGACAAAAUUUAAUCCUUGUGUUUCAAAAUGCGUUAAAGAAUGUUUAAUAUUAAUAUGUACACAUAUAAAAGUUGUUUUAUAAAAAAUUUAUAUGUAAAACAGUGUUUGAUUUACCAAGCAUGUAUUUAAUUCCAUUUUUAUAUGGAAUUUGUAAUAUGAAACAUUUUUUAAAAGUCAAAUUGCAUUGUAAGCAAACAUGUUUUCAGAAUUCAAAGGUGCUAGGUAUUAUUUCAUUUAAAUAAAUAAUGCAGAUUAGUUUUUAUCACCAUUCCUCAAGGACUUGAAGUAAAUAUUACAUUUAAUAAACAUUUUUUUUUUUUGACACACUGAAUAAAGUUGAUUUUGUCAUGUUUUGCUAUAGGUAAAUUAAUUUUUACAUCCAUGAUACUUUUUUGUAAUGGCUAAAGAAAAGUUUAUUUCAAUAACAAUGGGAAUUUCAGAAGAUGAAGAACAGGAUUUAGCAGAGCCAGAUGAGGAUCCCAACUCUGGAAGAUUUGUUCGCUAUCAAUUUACACCACACUUCUUAAAGUUAAAAACAGUAGGUGCAACGUAAGUAUCCUGUUUCUUUUUUUUCUCAAACAAAGCUUGGCUCUAAUUUUAUAGAUUUUUAAUUUUUCUUCUCUUUUGCAUUCUACUUUCUAUUAAAAAUAAAUAAUAAUGGCCACAUUGACUUUUUUUAAAAAUAGCUCCUGAAAUUUUUUCUUUACCUUCAUAUACAUUUAAAAAAAAUGUUUUAAUUAAGUAAAAUUUCAAGUAGAGUGACAUAACCUAAAUGACACCUGAAUUCACUAUUGCUAAGACAAAAGAAAGUAUACGAGUGUAGACAUUUAACAGCCAUUAAAAUAAUUUCUGAGUGACAUAUAUUAACUAUGAAUUUAUCAGACAAAGCAUAUGCAACCCAAUCCUUCUUACACUUAGAUCUAGUAAAACCUGAUUGAUCCAAGUUAAAUUAUUAUUUAUUUAUUUUUUUUUACUUUCAUGAACUUCUUGAUAUAACAUAAUUGGGAUUAGCUAUUCUGUCAUAAUAAACAUUUUGUUAUUUUUAUACAGUGUUAAUUAUUUUAUUUUCUCAAGAAUAAUAAUUAAAAUAUUCCCUUUCUUCACUUACAGCGUUGAAUUUGUUGUUGGGGAAAAACCUGUGAACAAGUUUCGCAUGAUUGAAAAACAUUAUUUUCGUGAUCGUGUCCUGAAGUGUUUUGAUUUUGAAUUUGGAUUUUGCAUCCCUCACAGUCGUAAUACUGUAGAGCAUAUAUAUGAAUUCCCAAAGCUUAAUGAAGACACAAGUAAGUAUUGACAUGGUCCUAUAUUUAGUUCUCUUUGUUCCUAUUGUUGUUGCAUUAUAAACCAUAAACUUAUUUGACAAAAAGAUAAUGUAAUCACAUGGGGGUUGUAACCUAUUGGCAACACAACAUUUUGCAUUUGUUUUUAGUUUUAUGAUGCUAUAAUUUUGUUUUCUUGUUCUUUUAGUUCAAGAAAUGGUUAGACAUCCUUAUGAGACUCGCUCAGACAGUUUUUACUUUGUAGAGGAUCGACUAAUCAUGCACAACAAAGCUGACUAUGCCUACAACGGUGGCACCGCCGCAUCAUAGUGGAAGAUGAUUACAUUAGUUGAGUGAGAAGCCUGCAAUUUUUGAAAACUUAAAGCACAUGGAAAGCCUUUAAAUAAUUUUAUUUUAUUGUUUGCUCUUUUUAUAAAAAAAUAUUUUCUAACGAUUUUCAGUUAAUCUACAAAACCUUUCAGUGCCAUACACUAAUUUGUACAGUUCUCAACUGAUAUCUCCCUUCCCUUGUUUGUUCUAACUUAACAAACUUAGUGUUCGUAUGUUUUGUUUUCUGUUUUCUUAAUAUUUUUUAGGGUUUAUAUUUUGACACAAUGACUGAUUGUGUUUCUAUGAAAAAAAUGAAAUAGAUUUAGAUGUCCUUUUGCAACAACAAAUGAAUUAAGGUGGAAGCACACUAUUUUAAACUUGGAUAUUGUAAAUGAAAAAAAGUUGUAUAAUGGAGUUAUUUUAUUCAAUGAUUUGCUAAAUACUUAGAAAUGAAAUAAAAGUUAAGUUCAGAAUGGCUUUAUUGCAAUUUUAAUAUUAAUAUAAUACAUAAAUAUAAAUUGAAUAUAUCUUAGUGUCAUCAAAAAAACACUUGUAUUAAUGUUAUAAAUGUUUCAGAUACGUCUACAUUCAUUUUUUUGUGUGGAAAAUAUCAAACAAUUAAUAUCGGACUUUAAAAAAAACAUAACCAACUUUAUUGCAUAAAUGUGAUGUUCAUGGAGACCGCAACUCUAACCUUCACGUAGCUGUCUUUUUUUUUUUUUCUAGCAUGUCUCAAUUCAUUUUAUAGUUUAUCAGAUGACAAUACAGAUUAUCUGAUUUCGCUUUGAAAUAUUGUUGAAUCAUUGAUUUAAACUAAACCAAUGCAGAAAAAUUGUCCCACCUAUCUUUUUCAUCAUUGAAACAUUUUUUUAAUGACUAUGGAAAUUUUUUGUUUGUUUGGUGGGAGGUUGUGGAGUGUGGUUUAUUGAUUAGUCAUUGGUAUUGCUUAUUUUCAUUUGUAUUGAAGCAUUUUUCAUUUCUUGCUCAAUUCAUAAAUCGUAUAGGAUGUCCCAUUGAUAACAAUUGCAACCUUUUUUUUUCACUGUGGUGUACUUUGUUUGACCAUUCCAUUUCUAUUUACCUCAAACCCUGUGUCUUGUUUUGUUCCUGUCAUUUUGAAGCUCUAUCUACAUUGAAAUGGGGGGGGGGGUCAAAAUAUUUUUUAGUCAGGACAAUUUGAGGUCUUAGUGUAUUUGGGUUCCGCUAUGAAUAUGUUCAUUUCUUAAAUCAUGCACGGUUUAUGGUGUUGAUUUCGAGAUGAUAAGGAGUGCAACCAUUUUGUAAAUCCAUAAUUUUUUAACUAAAAUGUUACAACUGGUGAAAGACUUUUUUGAAUAAUUUACACACAUUAUUUUAUAAAUAAUUGUAAUCAUGUCCAUCUCCUUGCUAAAUUUAGAAUUAAAACUUUGUUUUAUUUUUAAUUUUUAUAAUGAAAUCUCUGCCCCUGUGGUUCUAAAUUGCUUGGCUAGAGUAGAUGUGUCAAAUGGAAAAGAUAAAAUAAAAAGUGGCUAAUGGGUGUCAUUUUAAAAUUGUUUAAAGGUACGCUAUAUAAGGUUGAGUGUUUAACUGUGCGCACCUCAAGGUCUACAUUAAGGGAAUCCUUGGUUUACUCUACUAUUCCUACAUGAUUCCUUCUGUUGCUCAGAUAAUUAUAAAAUGGGCUGAUUAAACAAAAGAUGAGUUUUCGUGUAAAUAAAGAUGAUGUAUGAUGUAACACAGGAGAGGGAAUUUCAUAAACCAAGUUCCAAAGAUUUAUCAUUUAUUUUAAUUUUAAGAGAAAAUUUCAUGUAUGAAGAACUAAUGAUGUCAUGAACUAACGUGAGUUUUUUGUGUGCAUUAAAAUGAUAGUUUAAAGUUGAAAAAAAAAAAAAAAAAAAAAAAUCCAAAUAAUCAUAAAAUUUAAAUUGUACUAUAAUUUCAGAGGU